AUGAGGUGGUUUGAUGGUCUGAGGGCAGAAUCCAUCGGUUCCUUUAAGGAACUCACCCAGACGUUUGGGUCCCGUUUUAUUACGUGUAGCAGAGCGCCUCAUCCUUUGGCUUCUUUGCUAUCUCUGUCCAUGAGAGAGGGUAAAACUCUAAAAACAUACUUGGACCGAUAUUGGGAGAUAUUCAACGAGAUAGAGGGUGAUUUUAAGAACGUGGCCAUCAGUACUUUCAAGCUCUGCUUGCUUGCAGAGCAUGGUUUAAGGAAGUCUUUGAUGGGGAAACCUGUUACCAGUAUAAGUCAACUCAUGGAUCAGAUUGACAAGUAUAAGAGGGUUGAGGAAGACCAGCUGCAAGAUAAAGGGAAGGGCAAGGUUAUCCCUCAAGAGAGGAGGGAUUUCAGGUCGGAACGCUACAAUAAUAACAAACCUCGGCGAGAUUUUGCUGGACAAUUUGGACUUGCAGCCCCACAAGUAGUAAACACUGUGUUCCGAGAACUUGUGAAUAAAGUCUUAGAGAAAAUCAAGAACGAGCCGUAUUUUAAAUGGUUGAACAAGAUGAGUGGAGAUCCUACAAGGCGUAACCAAAGCCUCCAUUGUCAGUAUCAUCAGGACCGAGGACAUACCACUGAGGAUUGUCGAACAUUGUGGAACCAUCUGGAACCAUUGGUUAAGGAGGGCAAGCUGCAACAAUUUCUGUACCAACCUAAUGGACAGGGAGACCAAUCAAGGUCAUAUGGCCAGGGGAGUGCUUCUUUAAGGCACCCAUUGGGCACAAUAAAUGUCAUAUUUGCUACGCUUAGAAGGACUGGCUCUCAACCUGCCAGGGUGAUGUCUAUGGCCAGGUUACCAGCUGAGGACCCAAACUCCGAGCCGAAGAGAGCUAGGUUAGAGAUCUGA